UCCUUGGGUUUCAGAAUGCCUCCGAAAGAUGACAAGAAGAAGAAAGAUGCUGGGAAGUCUGCCAAGAAAGACAAAGACCCAGUGAACAAAUCUGGGGGCAAGGCUAAAAGAAGGUGGGAGUCAAUUUUUCUAAGAUUAAAGAUGACUGGGACGGCCUGGGUUGGUUGUGCAUCAUCCUGCAAACAAGAAAGGUCUCCAGUUCCAUUCUCAUCAGGGCACAUGCCCAGGUUUGGGGCACUGUACUCCCAUCCCUUCCUGGGUGCUUGCAGAAGGCAACCAAAGUGGUCCAAAGGCAAAGUUCGGGACAAGCUCAAUAACCUAGUCUUAUUUGACAAAGCAACAUAUGAUAAACUCUGUAAGGAAGUUCCCAACUACAAGCUUAUAACCCCAGCUGUUGUCUCUGAGCGACUGAAGAUCCGUGGUUCCUUGGCUAGGGCAGCCCUUCAGGAGCUCCUUAGUAAAGGACUUAUUAAACUAGUUUCAAAGCACAGAGCUCAAGUAAUUUACACCAGAAACACCAAAGGUGGGGAUGCUCCAGCUGUUGGUGAAGACGCAUGAAACAACAGGUCCCACCAGCUGUACCUUUUGAAAAAUAAAACUUUAUUGAACCAGUAGUGGAUGUGUGUGUUUCCUAAGAGAAGCAGUUACAAGGAAUAAUAGCAGGUGUGGGUUUGCUGACUGGUUGUU